CAAGAUGCGACAUACUGACGGAAUGGGCACGAACAUUGUUCUUUACCUGCUCAAAAAUGUAAAGAACAUCUAAAAAUAGAUUAUAGUACAGUGUGAACUAGUACGUAUUUUAUACUGUACUUGACAUUCCUGACCGUCACACGGAUAGCUCAAGCACCAAAUAUGGUUUUCAGAUUUCCCACAAUAAUGCACAAUGACAAGAUUAUAACUGUUUUCUAAGUGCAUUAUAUAUCAUAUUUUCAGAUAAAGAAUGUUGUAUAGUGACCUUUGGAAACGCUGCUAUGAUAAAGUUCAGUGAGACAAUAAUGCUUCUUCUUCUAUACUCGCUGCCUGUGUCGCCAAUAUCCUUCGAUUUUGGCAUGAUAAUCUCUGGACGUCAUUAUCGUGUGAAAGUUUAAUUUGUUGUGUAUAUUUUUUGUAUAAAGACAAAUAAAAAUUAAAUGUACUAAGGUUGUAAGUCAGGAUAUGCAGUUACGAUUUUACCUCAACACUAGAGCUCGCAACAGAACUGUUGUUUGGUCCAGGUUUUAUCGCAAAUCUAAUCUGUUACGUGCAACACGUGUUUGGAGUGAACAUUCCGAGAGUUAGGUUAGGUCCUUAAAAUAUCGUACAUUGUUAAUUUUCUCCAGGUGUGUACUGAUUUAAGGUAAUACUCAUUAUGCCAGGCAAACCAAAGGGGAAAAAAUCUGAGAAAGUAGUGAAUUUAACAAAUGGACGUGGUAAGAAAUCUAAUAAUGUUGACUUAAGUGCUUUGAGUGUAGAUGAAUUCAUGAGCUCUGCUUUUGAUGAAUCUGGAGACAGUGAUAUCGGUGACGUCGACAAUUCUGAUGACUUGUUGGAUGAUAUAACUUUAUCAAUGAAUGAAGACCAACAUGAAGAAGAUUUGUCUAUUGAGGGUGAAAAUGAAGAACAGUCUGAUGAUGAUGAUGAUGUGGGCUCACAUGGUAGUGAGUCACAUGAUGAAGAAAAUGCAGGCAGUUCUGUUGAUGAUGCUGAGGGCUCUGAUAAUAGUAAUGUGUUUGAUGACUACACACACAAAAGGUCUCUGGAAAGGCUGCGUGAUACUGACCCAGAAUUCUAUAAGUUCCUUGAACAGAAUGAUAGGAAACUGCUUCAGUUCAAUGUAUCAGACAGUGAAAAUGAGGAUCAAGAUGAGGAGGAAGACCAGAUACACAAACCAAUACAGGACCUGGAGGUUGCAAGUGAUGAAAGUGACUUUGAAGUAGAUGAUAAGCCUGCAGAUGAACGUGUGGUCACCCUGAAGAUGGUCAAGGAACUGGAGGAUAAACUACAUAAUUCCAGGUCUGUCGAUGCUACAAGGCGUGCAGUAAAGAUGUUCCACUCUGCUCUAAGGAGGGUUUCUUCACCCCAGGAGGAAGACACAGAACCAACAGAGUUUGUUGUUGAAGGCAGCUCAGUUUUUAAUGCAGUUGUUCAGCUCUGUGUGCUGGAGAUACAGCCGGCAUUCAAGCGUUGUUUAAACCUACCAUCCACUCUGAAGGGGCAUGUUCAGUUAACUAGGUGCAAAAAGUGGAAGAAAAUGAAACCACUCCUCAUCUUAUACCUCACAGAUCUCCUCAAGUUUCUUGGCAAUGUGUCAUCUUCACAAAUCCUUGCAGUACUGUUAAAACAUUUGCACCAACUUGCAAUGUUUGUGCCAUACUUUACCAGACUGAGGCGCCCACUUCUAAAGAGGCUGGUGACACUGUGGGGUUCAGGUGAAGAGACAGUUCGAGUGGUGUCGUUCUUAUGUCUUCUUAAGAUAACCACCAAUCAGCAGCAGGCAUUGCUUGAACAGGUGUUGAAGAUGAUGUACUUGACUUUUGUGAGAAAUUGCAAAUUUGUGUCACCUUCUACAUUGCCGUCUAUUCAAUUUAUGCGUCGGUCACUAGCAGAAAUGUUUGCUUUGGAUGAGGCUGCAUCAUACCAGCAUGUGUUUCUUUACGUGCGACAACUUGCUAUUUACCUUCGCACUGCUAUUACACUCCAUAAGAAGGAGAAUAUCCAAGCUGUUUACAAUUGGCAGUUCAUCCAAUCAUUGCAUUUGUGGACAGAGAUUCUUGGAGCAACAGCUCAUCGACCACAUCUGCAGCCAUUAUUGUACCCUGUUGUACAGAUAAUUAUUGGAACCAUAAAGUUGGUUCCCACAGCACAGUACUAUCCUCUGCGUUUUCACUGUGUGCAAAUGUUGAUUCAGCUCUCCAAGCAAACUGGAACAUUUAUACCUGUUUUACCAUUCAUACUGGAGGUUUUUAGUGGCUUCAACUUCAACAAACCACACAAAAAGGUAUCAAUGAAACCUUUGGACUUCACCUGCAUUCUUAGGUUGUCCAAGUUACAGCUUCAGGAGAAUGGCUUCAAAGAUGCAGUGGUAGAGAAAGUUUACCAGGAACUGCUGGAGUAUCUGGCCAGUGAAUCUCAUACUAUCAGCUUCCCUGAUAUGGUGGUAGUGACAAUCAUGCAGUUGAAGAAGUUUGUCAAGGAAUGUAAAUCUGCUAACUACAGCAGAAAAUUGAAGCAAGUUCUUGACAAGAUCGAGGAGAAUGCACGGGUUAUCGAGACUGAGCGCAGCAAAGUUUCAUUUCCCUUAAGUGACCGCAAAGCUAUAGAUGCGUGGGAGACAAACUUGAAACUGAAGGGGACUCCUCUAGCCAUAUUCUAUGAGUUGUGGAAUAAAGUGAACAUACAGCAGAUGGCUAAACGAGCUACUGACAGUGACAAUCUUGGUGAAUAUCAUAUACCAACCUUAAAGAAAAAUGUUAAGCGUACACAUCCACAACAUGAUGAUGGUCCUGUUGAAUUGUUUCCUUCAUCAGAUGAAUCGGAUGAUGAGGUGGGCUCACCACUGAGUGUCUCACCAAACAAGAAACAGCGUGGCACGCGUGGUGGAAAGGGUAGAGGGAAGAUUCAGAAGGUGACACUGGAGAGUAUGGAGAACACAUCAGAUGGAGAAGAAGAUAUUGUUAAGGACUUGAAGCUUUCUGACAUUGAGUAGUGCCUACCCCCCAAAGAAACAUUCUGUAUGGAUAAAGGUACAUUGAAUUUCUUCACUGUUCACUCCAAAGUGCAUGUUUACCAUACUUGGAUUCAACUUAUGGCUUGCAUCUUCCAUCCUGGCCUAUUAAUAAAACACAUAGCAAAUAUUA